GUGUUGUAAACCAAAACCAAUCUUGCGUCUAUUUGGCCAUCUAGAUCUAUUUACACGCUUUUUCACUUGCUUGCUGUCCACUAACUUAUAUACAAUGGCUCUGAGGCGCAUUAGCCCUGGCGGAGGAAGCGAAUAAAACCCUUGGCAAUAAUCGCACCGUCCUGUUCAAGGUGCGCGCGGCGCAUUCCGUCGUCAGACAUCUCAUCGGUAAACAAAACGCCACGGCGGUUGGUCAAGAUCUCGUCCAUGAUCUCGCCUGUGAAUUCGGGGUGGCCCUGAAUGCUGAUGUAGCUUCCCUCGGAAUACAGCGCCUGGAUAGGGCACAUGUCGUUGCUCGCCAGUACUGUCGAGCCUUCAGGGACUUCGUAUACAAUGUCGGAAUACAUUUGCUCAAUGUUCUACAUGACACAACAUGGUCAAUUAGCCUUUAUUCUUCCCCUAUUAGUCGUUCCGUUGACAAGAGUUGGACUUACCAGUAUAUCUCUACCAAAGAUUUCUUUGCCCUUAUCUGUGCAGUGAAUUGGCAUAACAGACACCUCCCAUCCCUUCUUAUUCUUGACGACGGGUGCGCCCAAUACUCUAGCCAAGAGCUGAUGGCCAAAGCAGACGCCAAUAACCUUGACGCGCUUAGUGGCCAGCGCCUUCUUGGUGAAUUCCACCAGAUUCAGAAUCCACGCAUCGUCAUGGUACGCAGUGUGUUUGGAUCCCGAGAUGAGAAUGGCAUCGAUGUUAUCCAAGUUGGGAUACGGGUCCUUAUCGUCAACAACAUGGUGACCCGUGAUCUUGAGCACCUCCUCUAGUGGCUGAGGCGGUUCGAGUAUCUCGGCAGCCUUGCGCAGCAUUUCGGUAUACAGUCCGCGAUAUCCGCCAAACUUCUCGUUGGCCUUGGGCUGCGGCGUGUCAGCCUCGAUGAUGGCAAGGCGGAUGGGAGCCAUGGUUCCUGGUUCUUGUUUGGCUGGUGGCGUUCGCGUCAGAGGCACGGCGGGAGCAGUGUGCAUGCGGUAGAGGAGGAUAAGGACGACAAGACCAGAGAGGACAGCAAUAAAUCUACGAAAGACGUGCAUGGCAAGAGAGAGAGGAAACCCCGGUCUUUUGGGGCGGGCAACGCGAGAGUUUUGGUGGAGAAGUAGCGUUGGAGCUGAGCCGAUAGCGGGAAUCUAACCCGGAGUUGGGUUUUGGUGGUCGUCGCGGACCGAGAAACAGUGGAGGCGCGGUCAGUUCACUGCCGGCGUUCAAAGGGCGGACUGGACUCUUUUGCGCGGUUGACCGCCGCCCCCCACGCGGGCGACUGUUGGCGAUGGCGUUCUACAGGGCGCAAACAGGGCGCGGCUACAGUUCACCAGAAAGCAGCACCACAGGCAGACACAGGUUGUGGCGCUGAAACAGUGAUGGCGGUGCUGCGCGCUAUUACCAGGACGAAUAUACCACUACCGGUAGCGUAGUGCAAGUUCGCCCCACGCUGCGAUGCGAACCGCUGAAAAAGCCUUAGAGCCUGAAGCUGCCUCUGUUGGUGGGGCAUCGUCUGCUGGGGACCUUGCAGCAGCACUGUUUGCUGCCUGCAACGUCAUCCAAUCUCUGCGGCUGAAGGCUUUAUACGUGUAAAAGCAGCUCCAAGGUCAUCACUGGUCAUCUAUUAAAUCGAAAAUACAUACAGUGGCACCACCUGCAGCUUCUAUUUGUCAUGGGCAGCCAAUCAACUAUCAAGGGUUUCCUGACGGCAGCGAGAGCAGCCCUCACCGCGCCGGCUUCAGCCAAAACACGGCCGCUAACACUAGUUAUCGGAAACGAAUCCGCUGAUCUGGACUCGUUGUGCUCAGCUCUGCUCUUCGCCUACCUACGCUCCAACAUACCCAAACAGCCGCUUCACAUCCCGCUUUGCAAUCUCGCUCGGGAAGACCUGAAGCUACGCACAGAGCUGUACCCUGUUCUACGCCACACUGGACUAGACUAUAAUGAUCUUUUAACAUUGUCGGAUCUGCCGCAAAUAGCCUCCGAUGAUCAGGCUGACUGGCUACUUGUCGACCACAAUGCGCUGACUGGUUCCCUUGCAAAGUAUCAGAAUCGCGUGCUUGGCUGCAUUGACCACCAUAUCGACGAAAAGGCAGUCCGUAAAGAGGCAGAGCCUCGCGUUAUUGAACAUGCAGGUAGCUGUGCAACGCUCAUCAUCGACCACUACCGCAGCGCAUGGGAUGAGAUGAGAAAGGAUGCGGCGUCCAAGGAUGAAAACGUAAAGCUUGCCAAAAUCGCAUUGGCACCUAUCCUUAUUGAUUCCGAUAAUCUCAGAUCCAAAGAAAAGAUGAGCGAGAAGGACCCUAUUAUUGCUAAGCUGCUCGAAGAUGUCAUAGCCGACAAAGACUUCGAUUCAGCCACAUACUACAAGGAAAUAGACACUGUCAAACACGACAUCUCAAGCCUUACGAUCCCCGAAAUCCUUCGUAAAGAUUACAAAGAAUGGCGUGAGGGAGAUAUACAGCUCGGCAUCAGCUGUGCCGUCCAAGGCAUGGACUAUCUCGUCGAAAAAGCAGGCUCGGCAGAUACACUCUACAAGCACCUUGGAGAGUGGGCCGAGAAGCGUAGCCUCGAUGUAGCCUCUAUCAUGACUACGUCUUCUCCCAAUGGCGUCUUUCAACGUAAUUUGCUAGUGUGGGGAGUGACACCUAAUGGCCAGGCAGCUCUCGCAAAGUUUGGCGACAUGUUCACCGACCACUUACAGCUCGUUCAAUUAGACACUGGAAGCUUGGAUAGGCCUGGCGUAAGCUUGGCCUGGAAUCAAAAGAAUCUCAAGGCCAGCCGGAAACAGGUAGCACCUGCGCUACGAGAGGCUCUGAAAGCCGUUAAGGAAAAGUUAUAAACAUUCAUGCAUAUAGAGAGUAAAUAUGGUAGAAUUUUCUAUAGUACACUUGUUUCUAAUAUAAUGAUACAUGAUAUGAUUCAUCCUGUUUUAUACAAAUAAUGUUACAUUCUGAUAUUGCCUCGCAAAUUAUGCCCUCGCGCUGCUUUCGGAAUCGAGGAACCUGUUCAAGCGGCCGUCGCGCUCGCCACGCGCAGUCAUGGCAAUAUGAUGGCGGUGCAGGUCCUCAACUUCUCUAAGCACGCACACAAACUCACGGCGCUCAAGCUGUCGCUGUUGGAUAAUGCUCAUGCCUUCCUUUGAGGGCGGUUGGGCUAGGAGCUGCUCAGCCAUAGGGUCUGCUGUAAGGAUACAGGCUUUUAGCGACAUGUACAAAGCACCCGUAAUCUCCAGCUCAAUCUGCUCCUUGAGCAUCUCGGGAUAUACCCAGCGAAGGGCCUCUGUGCAAAGCGUAGCGUCUUUGGUCAGUGCCAUGGCGCGAAACGCGAGCUCGUAGUGUUCCUUUGUGCGUGGCUGCUGUAGGCGUGGCGGGAUUCUGAAGACGUACCAGAAUCGUUCCCAUUCUUUGCGAGAGGCAUAUAUGUGCAUAAGGCGGAGUUGCUGGAGAUUGUCUGGUCGGAGCUUCAUUUGAGCAAUGAGAUAUUCGAUAUUCUUACGAGCUUGUUGUAUGUGCGAGUCGUAUGCUGGCGAGAGUGUCAUCGCUUCGAUCAUGGUGACGAUUGUCUCGGGGUGCCAUGUGCUGGUAUCCUGCUCUUCAGCGCUCUGAAGAAGUUGGUCCAUGGCGGACAGUCGAGUCAGAGACGAGUUGGGUUCCUCUGAUGUUGCUGAAAAGAUGGCUUGGAUCAGAGAAUGCAGCUUGGAGCGGUCAAUCUGGGUACCGCUCUGUUGGAGCAGCUGCAAUUGUUGUCGGACCUCGUCUAGCGGGACACGCGGAGUUGGCUCUGGUGGUGCGCUCUGGCUGGGUUUGCGCUGCUUGGAUGGUUCUAGCCGACGUGCACUCGUUGAAUAGAAACGUCGCUGUUCUUGUGAAGCUCGCUCGAGAGCCUGCCAUUGCUGUUUGGAACCAGUGGUAGGCAGCUGGAUUCUCUCCUUCAUGAUUCUGUCGAUUUCUUGCGUAUUGCUAGAGUCCUCGCCGAGGAACUUCAUCUGCUGUACGACGCUUCGUCUCAAAGUGCUCUCCCAUAGCGUUUCGAGGUUCAACUCAUCACGUCUAGCCUCUGUCAUGCACUGCACAACAACAGUCACUCCGUCUUCCUCCGACCCGAAACCUGAAAUCAUCCCGCUCUCGUCGAAGCUAACAGAUGCAUUCGAUUGCGACUCGUUGAUGCCAAAGUUGACACAAAUCCAGCCUGUGGAAAUGCCAUUAUCACCUCUCGGGAUGACUGCUGUGUUGGUUCCCAUCAGCUUAGCCUUCUUGCGUAGACGGCGCAACUUUGUUUUCAAUUCACCGGGGCCAAUCAGACCAUCUGCCUUUGCAGCAAUGCUAUGGUUCUUGCGCAGCCAACGGACAAAUCGUCCGGCACUGACGUGAAGAUGGGUUUCACUUCUGGCCGUUCCGAAGAGCAUAAUGAGGUUCGGCCCAAGCGCAGCAGCAGGGUCUAGCUCACGGAGGUCGAACAUGGAAAUAUCGUCAAGACCCAUGUCUUCAAAGAUGUACUUGAUCAUCGGGCCAAUCAUUUUGGGGGCAUCUUCUGGUACGUCAGGGAGCUUCUGUGUAUGUUGGCUCGGCGCCCUCUGCGGUGCUUCUUCCUCUAGGAACCAGGGAACAUUGGAUGCAAGUUCCGACUCUUCGGCAUCUUCUACAUCAACCAAUUCAUCUUUUAUAGGCGUUUGGCUUUUAUUGUCGGUUGAGUAUAGUCGAGAUGUUGUCGCAAUGGAACGCUGCCAGCGCAUAGGAGUUGCGCUACUUGGCGUAGUAGGGGUGCACAGCUGGGUGCGAACAGUUGUAGCUCGCAGCACAACAUUGCGACAGCUUCGGCAGCCGAGGCCCGUAGCAGCUUUUCGAAGAAGCAUAGCCAACAGCCGAUUGCCACGAAUGGCAAAUUUAUACUGUUUGCUAUAAAAUUAUAUGUCGACG